AUGCCUAUGGAUUUAAGUUUAGAAAUAAGGAUUGAAUGGUUAACAGAGUCGAACACCUUACUAAAAUCAGAUGAUAACCAAAACGCUAAGGCAACCUUACCAAACACACAUUACGCUGAAGCUUCUGUAGAAAGUUUGGAACAGUCUUCUGAAUAUAAGGGAGAAGAGAGACAAUUAGACGAGGAGGUGAAAGAGUUCCCCCGUGCUCCAAGGCCGGAUUUGACUGCAAGGGACGCUUUGCCGUUAAAUGACCGGUUGGCCACGGCCACUGAAGCGUCCGAGGAAUUAGAGCAGAUUAAAAACAUACUAAUAGAAGAAAAGCAACAUGUGAUAGCCAAAUGUCAACAAUAUUACGAAGAAAUAAGGCUUUUAGCAGUAACUGAAAAUAGCCCACUAACAAGGGCCAGAAAUAAAAAAUUAAGAUUGUGUUUGUCCAAAUGUCAAGAUUUAAAAAUUUUUAUAGAAGAUCUGGAAAGUGGUCCUGAGACUGCAGAGGACGCUUUGCCGUCUACGGCAGAAAUGGAAUUAGAGCGAUUACCGACUUUUCUAACACACCGUCAUGACAGGUAGGUUGACAGACCUAUAUUGACAGCAGCUAACGAAUGGCUAUUUAACCAUAACAAUCAAAAAC